AUGGCCACAGGUAGUAGCUGCCCUCAUCCAAGCUCCCUAUGUGAGCUGUGGCUGCAGGAGGAGGAGCUCAUCAAAGCUCGCCUCCAAGAGGAGCCCAGGCCGCUUAUCCCAGAGACCACUGGAGCUGAAUGUGCUGAAAAAGACAGAGAAGCAGAGACACAAGAACUGGAUGUGGUUGAAAAUGAUCAGCUUGUCCAUAAACCAGAUGUGCCAUUGGCUCAGUGGGAAGCAAGCGCCUGGACUUCAGUCCCAGUAACUGGCCACGCACGCGGGGACGUGCCUAUAGCCAAGCACAGGGAAGAGAUAGUGUCUCUGAUAGAAAACAAUGCGGUUGUGAUUGUACAAGGAGCAACUGGCAGCGGUAAGAGCACACAGAUUCCUCAGUAUGUUCUGGAUUACUGCAUGCAGCGAUCGAUCUACUGCAACAUCGCUGUCACCCAGCCUCGGAAAAUUGGCGCCAGCAGCAUUGCCAGGUGGAUCAGCAAGCAGCGAUCGUGGGUCCUGGGUGGAUUUGUAGGAUACCAGGUGAGUUUGGAGAACGUUUCCACGAAGGAGACGAGGUUGCUGUACAUGACAACUGGAGUUCUGCUUCAGAAAGUGGUUCAUGCCAAAAGCCUGGCUGAAUUCACACACAUUUUUAUUGACGAAGUGCAUGAGCGUACAGAAGAAAUGGAUUUCUUGCUCUUGGUCAUCCGGAAACUGUUGCAUACAAACUCACAAUCUGUAAAGGUAAUACUGAUGUCUGCUACCAUCAGCUGUGAAGAAUUUGCCAAUUACUUUGCACUUCCAGUUCAGGAGGGUCUGAAUCCAGCCUGUGUGUUUAAGGUGGAAGGCAAACCUGAAGCACUUGAAGAGUAUUUUCUUGAUGAUUUGAAGCACACCGUUCAUUUCACGCUUCCUUCCCAAAGAAUUGAGGAGCCAGUGAUAGAAAGCACGAUGUAUGAAGUGGCAGUGGCUUUGAUUCAGUCAUUUGAUGAGCUGGAGAUGAAGAGCAGUAGGGAGAAAAACAGUCAGAGUGUUGCAUCAGAACGUGGCAGUGUGCUGGUGUUUUUACCGGGUCUGAGUGAAAUAAGCUACAUGCACUCACGGCUCUCAGAUAUGUUCAACGUGAGGUGGCAAGUGCACCCGCUCCACUCACGUGUGACGUUAGAGGAACAAAGUAGUGUAUUUCUGACUGCAUUUCCUGGCUACAGAAAAGUUAUUCUGUCUACAAACAUAGCUGAGAGCUCAGUAACAGUGCCUGAUGUCAAGUAUGUGAUAGAUUUCUGCUUAACUAAGACUUUGGUUUGUGAUGAGGAAACAAAUUACCAAAGUUUGAGACUUUGCUGGGCAUCUAAAAUGAACUGCAAUCAAAGAAAAGGCCGUGCUGGACGUGUUUCCAAAGGGUAUUGCUACAGGCUUGUCCACAGGGACUUCUGGACACACUUUAUUCCAGAGAAGUCGGUACCUGAGAUACUGCGUUCUCCGUUGGGUACCACAGUCUUAAAAAUAAAGCAGCUUGACAUGGGGAGCCCAAAAGCCUUGCUGGGAACAGCGCUCUCUCCACCCAGCACAGGUGACAUUGAGAGCACCAUACUGCAGCUGAAAGAGCUGGGAGCACUUACAACUUGUGUGCAAGCAGAAGAAAAUCCCCAUGACGGGGAACUGACUUUCCUAGGAAGGGUCUUGGCACAGCUGCCCGUGGAUCUGCAUCUUGGCAAACUGAUAGUCCUUGGGCACGUCUUCGGGUGCUUGGAGGAAUGCCUCAUUAUAGCUGCAGCGCUCUCUUUGCAGAAUUUUUUUGCCGUCCCUUUCAAGCAGCACAUCAACGGAUACAGGAACAAACUGCUCUUUGCUGGGAAUAGCAAGAGUGACUGUAUUGCGAUUGUGAAUGCAUUUAAGGCAUGGCAGGCCUGCAGACACAAAGGGCAGCUGAGAUAUUCCAAGCAAGAGUUUGGUUGGGGUCGAUCAAACUGUGUUCAUACAAAGAAGAUCAAAGAGGUGUCAGAGUUAUUUCAUGACUUGAAGGAGCGAGUCAGAGCAUUUAACAUGUAUGUUACUGCUCAGCCAGCCGCUGUGGAUCAGGAGUACCUAUGCAGACAACACUUCAUCUUGCAGGUUGCCAUAGCUGGUGCCUUCUAUCCAAACUACUUUACUUUUGGAAAACCUGAUGAAGAAUUUGCUAUGAAAAGCCUUGCAGGCAAGGAUCCAAAAACCACUGUAAUGCUGAAGAAUAUUCCUCCCUAUGGAUAUCUGUACCACAAACAGUUGCAGUCGCUGUUUAGACAGUGUGGGCAGGUAAAAUCCAUUGUCUACGAUGGAUCCAAAGCUCUUGUGGAGUUCUCCCGUGACCCAAUGGAGGGCUUUAAGAUCCUUCCUGCCGUGUACCUGGCGAUCAAGAUGUCGCAGCUGAAAAUUCCUCUGGAGCUGGACGUUCAUUACCCGUGGGACAUUGAAAACCACCUGCACGACACGCGAGCUGCGAACAUGGAGUCUCUGAGAGUAAAUGUGGACUGUCAGAAGCAGACAGUGGAGCCUGUGGAAUUCUCCUUUGGUACUUCACGUCUGUUGGAGAUGAUCCCGAAUCGCCUCCUGUCCAUCAAGAUAACAGAGGUGGUAGAGGUUGGCCACUUCUGGGGUUACAGGAUAGAUGAGCAGAACAGGAUUGCGCUGGAGGCACUGGCUGCUGAAAUCAACUACCAGAGCCUGCAGGACCUGCCCGUGUUGGUGCACCCCGAGCUGAUUUGUCUGGCGCCCUUCUCCAACGCGGAGAACAGAGGCUACUACAGAGCACGCGUCCUGUACGUCUGUGAAGACGUUGCUGAGGUGUUUUUUGUGGAUUAUGGCAAUAGAUCAAAAGUGCCUCUGAAGGAAUUAAAAGCGAUUCCAAGCCAUCUUCAGGAGCUUCCUUUCCAGGCUCUAGAGUUCAAGAUGUGCAAGAUGCGCUCGUCUGCCAGGUCCCUGGUGUGCGGGGCCGGGUGGAGCGACGGCGCCAACCAGCGGUUCUCCUCCCUGGUGCGCGGCCACACGCUGCUGGUGAAGGUCUACUCCCUGGUGCACGGCGUCCUGCGCGUGGACGUCUUCCGCUACUCGCGGUGCAAGGAGCUCGUGAACAUUCGCGAUGUGCUCGUCGAGGAGUGCCACGCCGAGCUGGCAGAGGAGCCCUACGAGUCUCGGCAAAGCCAUGAUUUGCUCAAGGGAUUGUUUUUGAACCAAGUAAACAAAGAAAAGAAAAUGCCCGUGUCGUCAAGAGAGGAAAAAAAGCAUCUCAUUGAAAGACUGUUGGACUUGUUUUCUGACAACAAAUCCGGCGCCCCAACCCGUAAGGUGACAGUGUUGGGCCCGUUCAGUCCUUGCCAGGUGAAAUGCUGCAGCAUGACCAGAGUAUCCCAGUUCAGAAACAUUUUCAUACAAAAGGAAAGCAUAAACUCCAUUGUUGUCCAUGACGCUCUACGUGACCCCUUUCAGCAGUUGUUGGUUGCUGCUUCUUUAUCGAUAAACGCAAGCGGAUCUACGGUGAUUUUAGCAGAAACCUCUUUGAUGCCUCCCAUCCCCGGCCUGCCGGCGCUCCUCAGUAUGCUCUUUGCUCCUGCUAUAGAACUGAG